CAGAGACGGAAUUGAGAAUUUGAGAGGGAAGCGAGGGAAGAAGAAGUUAGAAUAUCAUUGAUCAAAUCGGAGAACCCAUCAUCGACCUUGGCCCUCUUCAUCGGAUUCUUUUCACCGCUGAGCUUUCUCCCUCUCAGACGUCCCAGGGAAGCAAGACCCUCACUGACGCUGCCACAUCAAGCAGCCCUUUUUAUCGCCCAGACAAAUUGUUUAGGCUCUGCAACUCAUUGUCAGAAGGACAAUUGUAUUACAAUGGCAGCUUCCGCAAAGACUCAUGUUUCUCAAGAUGCAUUAAAUGGAGAGUGGACAGUUGUUUCAUCUCGUCGUCGAAGGCAAAGAAGAAAUCCUCCCGUACUGAAAAAUCUUGUAGAGAAACAGCAACAACAGAAAAAUUGGGCUCCAACUGAUAUUGAAAUCAAUUUUGAUCGAGAAUCAAAAUUGAUGCAGAAGAUACAGAUCUGUAUGAAGAAAUUGGAGCUUUCUCAAUUCUUUCUUAAGCUGCUGGAUCAAAUGCAAACUGACGAGAUGAUGAAUUGCUUCCAUAGGGUUUUAAGUUCUGAGUUAAAGAUGAAGAUGGUAAUGUACGGAAUAGGCAGCAUUGAAUCUUAUGAAUCCCCUCGAUUGCAGCUGAGCCUUGCCAUCUUGCUGAAGAGAAGGUUCAAUUGGAUUGGAGACAUAGAGGUGUUCGACCCUAUUCUUUCUUCCACAGAAUCUCGGGUUUUGGAAGCUCUUGGUUGCUCCAUGUUAUCUAUUAAUGAGCAAGGUCGGCGUGUGGCUCAAAAACCAACAAUUUUUUUCAUGCCACAUUGUGAGGCGGAGUUGUAUGAUAAUCUUUUACAAACAAAUUGGGGAAUGAAGCAGUUGAAUUGUAUAGUAUUGUUUGGGAAUAGCUUUCAGACAUAUGAGCAGCAUCUGUUAGAGUUCAAGAACUCGGCUAUUAUUCACUCCACCAAGUAUGUCCUGGCUGCUCGAAAAUUCACCAAUGAGUUUAGUAUUGAGACAGUUUCAGAUGAUUAUUUUGGUGCUUUUCAUGAUUCAAGUUGGCAAUUUUUCAGCCCUGACCUUGAAUCAGAGCUGCAGCUGAACAAUUGCUAAUGUGGAGUACCAAAUUUUGGAGCAUCUGGAUUCCAGAUGGGCUUGAGAAGUGAUGUUUGAAACAUAUUAUUCUUUUCUGGACAUGUAGGCUAUUGUGGUGGUGUGUGCACCUGCUUGUUCCUGUGUUCUGUACUCUACUAAUGUUCUUUAUUCUACUAAGUUGCCUAGUAGGCUAGUAGUCUCUUUCGGGACUAAUGUUCUGCUUUGGAUUCUCUUAGA